CGAGUUCAGUUGUUUUUUCAUUAUUGUGCUGCACAUCAGGCCCGUUGAACCUUCAACCUCACUCACCUCUAGACUUGAUACUCCAGUCUCGAAGCAAUGAUUUCGACAAGCGACCUUCACCUCCUCGGGUGCCAUUUUGAGCAAUACCCCGACUACCACCAGCCGCAAAACUUCAAGUCGAUUACGUCCAAAAAAGACCAUCAUCCCCAAGAACCUGAAAACGAAAACGAAAACCUCGGAGUCUUUCACUUCCCCGUCCUCAGCUUCGGGUUUGUUUUUGUGCUUUUGGGGAUCACCUGCACACUAACCUCCAUCUGCAUCUUUCGCGUCCUUACGCAUACCCACUACAUGUACACGCUACAUCACGAUAUGAAUAUGAAUAUGGACAUUGGCAGUUGGUCUGCUCGCUUUUUGUCGACGCCAUUGAUGUUGCAAACCAAGUCCGUCGGGGAUUCGUUGAUGGGUGUUGCGUUUGUGGAGGCUUUGGCUAGCGGUCGCUCUACCUCUACCUCUGGGAAAGAUGGGGGUUCUUCUGAAGAAAGUGGUAAGUGGUGGAGGACAUGGAGGAACGCAUUGGAUUUGAUGGAUUUGAUGCCCUUGGAUAUGAAGAUGGAGUUGGAUUUCAAAUUGGAGGUGGAGGCGAUGCCGGUUGAGAGCGCGGUGUUAAGGUUGGAGGAUUGGGUUUAUAAUGUUGCGGGGCUUUGAGGUUUGUUUUGAGGUAUGGGUGAAGGACAGGAAGGUUGGAGAUGGAACUGAAGGCGGAGGUUGGUUACAUGGAGGUAUUCUUUCAGGCAUUUUCUCUUUGGGUUUUCUUUCUGGUGUACGUUUUGCGGAGGCGGGCGCAGGUUUGCCGGUCAUACUUUCCUUUGUUAGAUGGAUAGGUAGAUACACCUUUAGAGGUUCGGUGGGG